AUGCAUCGACGUAGCCACCAAGCUCGUGGGGAAGAAGCCGCGCGGCACGAGUUCCUCUACGACUCGUCGCUCAUGCACCAUGAUUCGCAGCCGUACUUCACGCCUGCAGACCCGCCGAUCAAGGCGCUAGAUUUUUCCCAGCCGGCGAGUUCGUGGCUGCGGCCGACGCCGGUUGCACGAGGGUAUGCACGCGCUGGUGGAGAUACCGUGUGGCUGUACCUGCCGCAUCUGGCUAUGUGUCGACUGGUAGAGGAGAUGUGGAAGGAUAAGUUUAUGUGGCUGUGGGAUAACAGCAAUAGCGAGGGGAGUGGAUGGGCGGAUUUUGAUUUUAUUUUUCCGAUUCUUAUGCACCCGGAUACCAGUGGCAUGGCGCAUGUUAUUGGGAUGGCGGAGCGGGUUGUGCUGUGGUUAAAGGGGUGGGGUGAGGAUGUGGAGUUCUGUACACAUGAACAGAUCGCGGGGUCUUGGGAGAAGGAGAAGGAUAAGGAUAAUGGGAAGGGUGGGAGAUGA